AUGUUAAUAGCCAUUUUUAAAUCAACGUGAUAAGUUUCAGGUAAACAAGGAUUUAAUUCAUGUAUGUCCUAGAGCAGAAAAAUUUCUUUUACUGUAUGUGUACGUGAUAUUCAUUGGCAAAUGUUUAAACGAUGAUAAAAUUAAUACUUAAGGUAAUGUAGUUCUUAUACCGUCUGGUAGUCGUGAAAGUAUCUACGUGGUUCAAAGCACAGUAGUUCGUUAAAAUUAAUAUAAAAUGGAAACAUUGGAAAUCGACGAUGAACGAACUCAUUCCAUAAAAUUGCCAAGUGCUGUUGAAGUGUUUGCAAAUUUAAAAAAUGCUCAAAAAUUUGCGAUCGACAUUGGCUUAUCUUUGACAAAAAUAGCUUAUUAUUCAACGAUUAGUUAUCGUAAGGCAUUGUAUGAGGAUACAGGCUUAGGAAAUAGUGGAGAACGUGCAUACAGAGUUCAUGAAGGCAAUAGACUUCACUUUGUUAAGUUUGAAACAAGAUACAUUGAAAAUUGUUUGGAUUUUGUGAAGGAGAAUUUAGUAAAUGUUGAGAGGUUUUAUGGUAAAAACAUUAAAGUGACUGGUGGAGGAGCAUAUAAAUAUAAUGCUUUGUUACAAGAAAAAUUAGGUUUAAUAGUUGAUAAAGAAGAUGAAUUCGCAUGUUUAAUAAAAGGCUGUAAUUUUUUACUUAAAAAUAUAUCUUGUGAAGCAUUUGAAUUUGAAAGACAUGGGAAUCCUGAAUAUAAAUUUCAAAAAGCUGAUCCUAAUAUAUUUCCAUAUAUGUUAGUAAACAUUGGUAGCGGUGUCAGUAUUCUUAAAGUUGAAUCUGAUAAAGUAUUUGAAAGAGUUGGUGGUACAGCUACAGGAGGUGGAACAUUUUGGGGAUUAGGUUGUUUGCUUACGAAAAGAAAGGGCUUUGAUGAAUUGCUGCAACUUGCAGAAAGAGGAGAUCACCGUAAUGUUGAUAUGUUAGUGAAGGAUAUUUAUGCAGGCGAUUAUUCCUCACAAGGUUUAUCUGCAGACCUUAUUGCAUCUUCUUUUGGCAAAGUUACUUAUAAUGAUAAAGGAAGACCAAAGUAUUCUGAGGCAGAUCUUGCUAGAAGUCUUUUAUUUACUGUAAGCAAUGACAUUGGACAAAUAGCAAGUUUAUAUGCAACUGUACAUAAGAUGGAUAAAGUUUACUUCGGUGGUUACUUUCUUCGUAACCACCCUCUAUCAAUGCAUACUAUUUCAUAUUCUAUCAAAUAUUGGUCGAAUGGUAAGGUAAAACCUCUUUUCCUUCGUCAUGAAGGUUAUCUUGGUGCAAUUGGGGCCUUUUUGUAUGGUGCUGAACAAUCUGAUGAAUAUAGUUGGCUGGAAAAUUAUGCAGGGUCUUCAGGAUUUAAAGAUUCAAUAUCUACGAAUCUUGGAAUUAAAGUAGAUCAGUUGGAAAUUGAUCAAGCAGAAACUGCUGUAACAUUUUGUCCACUUUUGAAAGAUCCUGCAUCUUACAAUCCUGAUACAACUGAUCUUGCUGAGGAUAAAGAAGCAAGAGAUUAUUGGCUUCAGUGUCUUGAAGAAUCAGUGGAUAAAUUUGUGGCCAAAGCUAUUCACAGUCAGCCACAUAGUCCAACUGCAAAAGAUAGAGCAACAAAACUGAAGGAAAAAUAUGUUAACAGAUUGCGUUAUCUACAUCUUCAACCAUUUGCUUAUGGAACACUUACAGUCAGAGUAUUAUUGGAUACUAUUGAACACUGCAUGAAAGAAUUCGAUUUUCCUGAUCCAUAUCUGCAUCAAAAGAAAAAGGAGAAUGAAGAAGCCUUAACAUAUUUAAAAAGUCGUAUAACAGUUCUCGAUGAAUUGGAAGGAGCGGAAAAAAUAAAAGCUUUGAUUCUGGGAGUUCUGAGUGGUAAUAUGUUUGACUGGGGUGCACAAGCUGUUGCAACUUUAAUGGAGACAACAGAUUUUGGUUUUGCUGAAGCUCAAGCAAAAAUACCGGGUAGACCUUGGCUACAAGAUGAUUUGGAUGAUUGGAUAGAGAGAUUGAAAACUGGUCCACCUCAUAAAUGUGCUGCUAUUUUCGUUGACAAUAGUGGAGUUGAUAUAGUAUUGGGAAUUUUACCGUUUGCUCGUGACUUAUUACAACGAGGAACAAAAGUUAUACUGUGCGCUAAUUCUAUGCCAGCAUUAAAUGAUGUCACAUAUCCAGAAUUGGUUGUAACAUUACGAGAUGCAGCAAAAAUAUGCAAAGUUAUUAGACAAGCUCUGAAAGAAAAUCGUUUGUUUGCCAUGGAGACAGCUCAAGCUAGUCCCUGUCUUGAUUUAAGCCGACUCAAUUUAGAUCUAUGUCUUGCGAUGGUAAAACAUAACGUCGAUCUUAUCGUAUUAGAGGGAAUGGGUAGAACGCUUCAUACGAAUCUUUAUGCAAAAAUGACUUGUGAAUGUCUGAAAUUAGCAGUUGUUAAAAAUCGAUGGUUAGCACUUCGAUUAGGUGGUGACAUGUAUGCUGUAAUAUGUAAAUAUGAACGUCCACCAACGAAUAAUAAAGUUUGUGAUAUAGAAAUAAAAAUGAAAGAAGAAUGUCCAUCAGAAUGUGCAGAGAAUGCAACGGACAUUUGCACGUGUAACGCAAAGGGAUAAAUGAUAAAAACAAAUUGAAAACUGAUACAUUAAAGUAUUUCUUUACUUGUAUUUAAGUAUGUAUAUAAAAAGAAGCGAAAAUCUUCGUAUACUUAUAAUUUUGAAUGAAAAUAUUAUACAAGGAACAUUAUUUAAAUACUUUUUUAUAAAAUUUAUCGUUAUUCGUUUUCAAUAGAGUAAUUAUUAUACAAUUUAUACAUAGUAUUUAUGACUGAAGCUUGGUCCUCGGAAAUAUGUUUUUAAUAUCAUGAAAUUUACCAAGCUUCGUGAUUUAGCCUACAUGUUUCGAAUAUGAAACGUAUUUCAAUGUAUUUGAAUAUGAAAAUUCUGACACUGACAAGAAACAUUGGUGAAUAACUAUUAACACCUAGUCAAAAAUAAUAAAAUUAUUCGUGAUUUAGAGAGAAGAUGAUAUAAAGGAAAUAAUGACCAAUUAUGAUGAUUACAGAUCUGUAUCAUAUAAAUACUGUACAGUACAUAUUCUGUGAUAAUGUAACGUUCUAAUAGAAAGUUACAUAUUCGUAUAAAUUAAAACAGUAAAUUGAUAGACAAUAUAAUAGAAUAACACAUAAAAAGUAAAGCAGUUUAGGAUACCAAUGUUUUUUGACUUCGAAAUUUUUUGUAUAGAGAUCUAUCGCUUCAUGUCAAAUUAGGAAUCUUUGUGUUAAACAUAUUUUUCUUUAUGAAGAAAAAUUCAAGAGGAAUAUUAGUUAUAUGAUAUUAAUGAGCAAGAUAUGCGUCGCCAAAAAUGACCAAUUUGUUAGAAUACAAUUCUGAGAUUUUAUAGGGAGAAACGAAUAAAAGACGAAAAUGAACUACAGAAAAAAAUUGUUGAAACUUAAAAUGAUGUUAGUAUGGUUUACAAAUUAAAAACUUCUAUGUGAACCAUUUGUUAAUACUCAAUCCAUAUACGUGUAUGUGAUAUUUGAUUUGUUUUGUAAAAUGUAAAUAAAACGUAAACUUCUUUGAGAUUUAAUUACAGGAUAUUUUAAUGAUCAUUAAAAGUAAUAAUUAAUAUACAAGUCGAAGAAAUUUUGUUUUCACAGUAGCUUCAUUUGCGCAUUGCUCUAACCAAAUAAAAACACAAUAUUGAUCUAACUAAAUUUUGUUAUAUUACAUACUUACGAUGUUGAUCUUUUACUCAUAUACACUGCUCAAAACAAUUAAAUGAUCGUUUUCCGUGUUUGAUUAUACUACUUAUUUACUAGGUAUGUAUACUCUUUUUUUUUAAUGAUUGUCUUAGGGCUAAUAUUUGUCGCAGUAUUAUACGAAUAACAUGUCAAUCUAUCAAGUCAAUAAUAGCGAUCCGCUAAUUAUUUUCAGCAGUGUAUAAUAUCUCAUUUUACGAAUCAAAUGCAAAUGUAUUUUUGAAUAAUAAAUUUCGUACAACAUA